CUAUUUUGGGUCCGUGUAGAAAACGAUCUAACACGUGAGUGAUGAUUUCUCUGUCGUCAUGUUCGCACGCGCUUUUCUUCUAACUUUGUGAUCAUGUUUGCGCGUGUUUCGCCACGUGACUGCUCUCCAUGUGUUAAACUGUUUGUCCGCGCUUUAAGACAGACACGCAGAUGUUUCUCCCUCAGCUGUCAGUCUGAUGAGCACAUCAGGAGAUUUAUCUCCGAGAACACAGAGGUAGUUGGAGAGCAGAGCCUGACCCCAGAGGUCAAACUCAGACUUUUUACUCCAAACUGCAGAUUUUGGCGAGAAAGACCAGAGCUUUGGCCUUUUGAUGAGCCGUACUGGGCCAUAUAUUGGCCAGGCGGACAGGCACUCUCAAGGUACCUGUUGGAUAACCCUGCAGUGUGUCGGGGGAAGAGGGUCCUGGAUGUGGGGAGUGGCUGUGGAGCCUCAGCCAUCGCUGCAAAACUGAGUGGAGCUGCUCAUGUUGUGGCUAAUGACAUUGACACUGUUGCAGCUGUUGCGACCCUCAUGAACUGUGAGCUGAACGGACUCGAGCCGCCCGUCUGUGCCACUGACAACAUGAUUGGUUCCCAAGCCGAGGGUUUUGACCUGAUCCUCCUGGGUGACAUGUUCUACCACGAGGCCCUCACCACCAGCCUUCACAGCUGGUUGGACCGCUGCAUCAAAACCCACGGCACCAAAGUCCUGAUUGGAGAUCCUGGUAGAGCCCAGUUCGAGGAGCACGGCAUCCGACGACUCCUGUGUCUGCUGGCUCAGUUUGAGCUGCCCGAGUCUGUUAGAGAGGAGAACUAUGGUCUGACCUGCAGCAGUGUUUGGUGUUACCAUCCUGAACUCUGAGGACUGUGUAAUUACCUUGCAGAUAUUUAACACAACUACCUCAACCGGGAUGCGCUUGAACAUUAUGACAAAGGAAAGUCCUUACAUGUGGUUGUUUAAUGUCCUGUACUAGAUUUACUAUUUCUUACAUUCAGAUUAUUUGGGGCAAACCUAUGCGAUGACUCCCCUAAGCCACACAUGUCUAAUUUACAAAUAACAAAGUCUAAGUUCAAUAAUAAAUACAUAAAUAUGCAUAGGACACUCACACAAAUGGUUUCUGUCAAUUAUUUAACAUAAAAAACUUCAACUUCCAUUUCAGACA